CUUCCAUCAACCCCUCAACGUGGACGAUCCCAGCGGGCUAAACGGAGCCGCAGCGAUAAAUCACAAAAGUCGUCGUUCUAUCCAAACACUUGUGACAUUAUGAGUCUGCAGAUGGUUGAAGGCCUCAAGGAUGGCUCUGAGGAGCUCUGCUUCUCGGCACCCCCCAUGCCUGCCAGGCAAAACAUCGAGGGGAGAAACAUGGAUCACAUCAAGCUCAUCACUAUGCUUCGGGUCAAGUUCGCCAGCGAAUACCAAGUGCAGAUGAUGCACAACUCCUACUCGAUCCAGGCGCCAAGACGACUCUCUUUUAGCGAAAUUGCCCAAUGCCGUCGAACAUCGUAG